AGCUCAUAAUCUCACAGCAAUCACUGGCAUUGGAGUCCAUGCACUCCAUCAAAUCAUCGCUGUUGGUCUCUGAUAAGUAGUGACAUUUAACGCUCUCCUUUUUGUGUAGCAGUCGUUGUUGAAGGCUUUAAUAGUCAAUCAGUAAGGACCCAGACACUCAUCAAGGCAGUAGACUCUAAUAUUCAGGGCAGACUCUGACUGGUGAGUUAGUUUGCAUGUCUCACCACAAACAAUGUACUUUCCCCGGUCGAAACGGGACGAGACUGCAGCACCAGUCUGUAGUUUCACCAGAGAUCAUGAAUGGAUCAACUGACUACAGUGCAUUCUCUGGCUUGCAGCAACAAGACUGCAGAACAAGCAACCUCCAGUCGCCUUCCCCUCCCUUUCUCUACAUUAAUGGUAGGAAAAGUAGCAAUCCUAAUCCUCAGUUCUUGUCUUCCUCACCUCCUCCUUCGCUGUAUCUUGGUCUCUUUCCUCAGAGGAUUGUAGCAGACAUACGUGAUCAAUCCAGUGUAGAGACAAGGAAGGCAGCCAUUAACUCCAUACACGGAACCCUCCGUGAUACAAAGGACAAAGCCAUACUUGUCGAAAGUCUCCAAGAAAUUGUGUCACUCGUCACUCCUUCACUGAAUGACGGAAAUUUCAAGAUUGUUCUAACGACACUUCAACUAGUCGACGAUCUCGUUAGCAAAACUGGCUCUGCCAUACUCCCCUUUCUUCCCAUGCUCCUCUCUCACUACCUCGACAAAGUUGGCACACACAAGUACAUGGUCAAACAAACUGGAAUGAAAGUCCUGCUUCAUCUCAUGACGGUCCUCUCACCUUCUCCGGUCAUCAAUGAAAUAAUAAAUUUCGGGAGCAGACACAAGCAAGGCAAAGUCCGUGAAGAGACUCUUAAUAUUGUCAUUGCUUCACUCCUCACAUUCCCUAGCUCUGAGUUCUCUCUAGCCAGCCUUGUAGAGCAAGUCACUCCGCUACUUAUUGAUACUAAGCAAACGGUCAGACAGGCUUGUCUUGAAGCUUGCGCUGUGCUUGCUGACAGACUUGGAAGAGAGCAGAUGCACAUUUUACUGACUGCAGUUCUCAGCUUACAGCGAAUCAUGACUAACACGAAUACUGAGAACCUUCACGUCGCAUUUCAGAGUAGACUCUCCCGCAAGAAACUCCCUCACCUCAACGAGGACGGGCUCGUCAAUCAUGUAGUGAAUGUAUCUAAUGGUCGGGCUGCCCCUGGAGGAGACAGACAAUUGACAGGAGCUGAUGUUAACUGGAUACUGGAUGGUAAAAGUAGCACAUUGUCAGCUAACUCUCGUAGCCAAUCGACCAGUGGCCCUCUAAAGAGCGCAGGGAAGAAACUACCUUGGGAUAGCGAACCUGCUAAAUCCACAGGUACUACUGGUGGAUAUGCAUCUUUAGCACUGAAGCAGCAAGUGACAGCUAGCUCUAGUUUACCAGUAGGCCAGUCAUCAACAUUAGGAGGUGGAGGAGGAGUAACAGGAGCAAGUAACAAGGCAUCUAAAGGAUACUCUGAUAUUUAUAGGACAAGCAAUGAAACUGGUAAUGGAGACUCCCGUUCCUUCCAGCCAUCGUCCAUUGGACCAAUGAAGCACUCCAGGGUAGUGUACACUGGAGGGUCUACUGUCAGUGGAGGAGGCAAUGGUCCUGGGUCUAAGGGAAUACCUGGGUCUUCAUCUCUCUCUACUACUUGGCCACGUCAAAAUGGAUCUUAUGGUAACAAUCACUUUACUAAAGGUAGCACAGCAAGACAGAUAUCAGCAGAUAACACUGGCCUAUCAGGCAAUUUACUUGGUCCGUCUAAAUUGCCAGCUAUUGAUGCUCGGCCAUCGUCUAAACCGAUUGUCCGUAAUCCACUUCCGUUUCACCCCCAACCUCCUCCUCUUUCAUCUCACUCACCCCCACCUCCCUCCUUCCCAAUUCACGCCUCACUGGCUAACGGGAUACCACCAGACAGUCCAACACAUAUUGAAGAGAGUUUCCUAAUUGGCGGUAAUGAUGAUGAUGAUUAUUACAAUAUCCCGGUUGAUGACUCACAGUUGAAUAACAGUCUCAGCUCAUCUCUAACAUCACUCCUUUUUAACAGAGACAUGCAGUCGGCCACCGCCUCAGGAGAAAGAACGCCAACUGUUGAUUCUUUGAGUCAAAUACGUAAGAAAGCUGCGGAUUGGAAGGCAGAGAUAUUAUCAGUCCAGUGCUCUGCCUCAACAUCUCCAACAAGCACUCCACCAAGAAUGCACAAGCAAUUUAUGAUUAAUGGAAGAAUGGAGUUUGAGACUGUAUCAGCCCCUGUUGCUCUAAAGAGAGAGAGACCUCUGAAAGACAAGAACGCUCCAAUGGAAGCCAAUUCCUUCCUAACCUCUCCCAAUAAGCAGCAAGGGCAGCAGCAGAGACUCUCAGGAGGGGGAGAAGGAGGGAAGGUCGGGGGAGCAAGGAGAAAUGGAGGAGGAGGAACAAUCCCCCGAAGAGAGAGUGACCCAUCCUUUCAAUCAAGACCCAGUGAGUUGCAUAAGAAACAGAGUCCAAUGAAGAAGACACCUCUCAAGAUGUUUAAGACUCCUCCUCGGAAGUAUCAUCAGGAGAGGAUGGACGAGGAGGGAGAGGGAUCGCCUGAUUUACCCUUUGUACACGAUCUUGAGGCUAACCCAGAGUUUAUAAGUCCUCCUAAGCUUAAGAUGAAUCCGGUUCCUCCCGGCGGGCGUACAAUUAAGAAAAUAAGUCCGACCAAAGCUGCGAGUGCUCCCCAGAAAUCCAGCACCAGUAUAUCUCAGGCUAACAGCACUAGUAACUCAGCUCCUGUCUAUAGACUCGGCUCUCAAGAACCUCUUGUUGAGGAAGAGGCUUCAGAGACUGAUGCAAGACUGCAAGAGCUCUCUCCUUUAGUAUAUCCAGAGAAUGCAAUGAGACAAGCACUGGAAGGACUGAGGAAAGGGACCGAGGAGUGGGAAGAGAAACGCGAGGCUUUGCUUGUAUUGAGGCGACUCUCUGCCUGGCAUAAGCCCAUCAUUAUACCACAGCUACACACUGUUCUCAUAGCUGUGGAGAAAGAGGUGAAAAAUCUAAGAUCUCAAGUAGCAAGGAGUGCUAUUGCUUGCCUUGGUGACAUGUUUGGAUACUUAGCAAAAGAAAUGGAAAUAUCACUAGAUGCUCUUCUUAAGACACUACUCCAUGUUGGCUCAAAAUCAAAUAACUUCUAUCGCGAGGACACAGAGAAAGCACUAUACUUAGCAUGCAACAGUGUAUCACCUGCAAAAUGUCUCCAGGGACUGAUGAAUGGUGGACUCAGCCACGGGAGCCAACUAAUCCGUAGACAAGUGGCACAGUUUAUGUGUGUUACUGUGGAGGUUCAUGGAGCAGCUAAGAUAGUGAGACUACCUCGUGACGUGCUAGAUAGAGUUAUAAAUGCAACAGCGAUCCUUCUGGGAGAUGCUGACCCACUGGCUAGGUAUCAGGCACGUAAGAUGCUCAAUAUGCUCUACUCUUGUCCAGAGUUUGAUGAGCUGGCAAGGAAGGCACUUAAUGAUCAUCAAUAUGCAAAGAUUAAGGAAACAGCUGAACACAUUAAAGUCAAGGGUUUAGGUAAACCUCCUACAGACUCUCAGUCAGCAAAGGCGACGGCUCGUCUCUCAGUCUCUCAAUAUUCUUCAGCCGGCGCGUCCUCACCUGGUAAAGGCCAGUCUCCACCUAAAGUCAAAAAGAGGCGGAGCUCAAUAUCUGGACUUCCUGGUAAUGGUGGGAGUGGUCAAGUACUCAUAGAGCCGGGCGGAGUCCUCCCGCCAACAAGUGCCCCUCCGCCCGACUCGAGUGCAGUCCUGGAUAUUGUGAGCAAAAUGAAAGCAACUGAUUGGAAGGAGAGACAAGAGGCCAUCAAUGAGCUAGAGCAGUACAUUAUUACUCAUCCUAAUAGCCUGGGAUCCAAUCUAGUUAAAGUGUUUGAUGUAUUCAAUGAGAGACUAAGUGAUAAGAACAGUAAGGUCAACCUUCACGCUUUGCAAGCAUUCCAGAGAUUAGUCCCAAUCCUUAACCAGCAGCUUUCCCCAGUGCUACCAACACUAGUGGAGGCUCUAUCAGGGACUGUGGCUUCAAGAUAUCCAGCUAUACACUCUGCUGCUCUCAAUGCCAUUGAUUCACUCAUGCAGACUGUUGAUUGUACAUUGUUAUUUCCCCCACUUGCCUCGGCAGCACAGAAUGGCAAUGCAAGAGUCCAGCCUAUAAUGCUCAAGAAAUUAUCAGAUUUAAUUCCAUACGUGUAUGGCCAGAAGCCCGGUUUAGUCCAGCGUAUUGGUCUCCCGGUCCUGUGGAAGGUCCUAUCCUCUCGUUCUCCAGCGACAGGAGAAGCUAAGCAAGCUAUACUGAGACUCACUGAGGUACUUCAGUUGUGUCUUGGUCCCAGUCUGCAGGAGAGCGCUUCUCAGCUGUCGCCAACUCAACAACAAAAACUACAAGAAUUGGUUCAGACUUUACACUUGCAAAACAGAUAAUCAGAACAAGCUGCUCCCCUUUCCUCUCUCACUCUUUCUCUCCGUCUUUUGUCUUGUUUAUCCUAAUUGCCCUCUCUUUCUGUAAACUAUAAACUUCAAAUCAGAUUUCAUUUGAUUAUUGUUAUAUAUAAGCAUUAUAAUGUACACACACACACACACACUGAAUAAUAAUUAUUAAAUAAAUAUUAUUGUUAUUAUUAUGAAAGUGAAGCACAUGCAUUGCAACUCAAUACAGUUUUCUUGGCAUAUUUCAUGCUGCUACUCUGUGGCUAAUGACAAAAAAUUUUUUUAACUAACAGUUUUUAUCAAUGAAAGAU